CCAGGAAGCAGUUGACACCCUUGCUUGAGAAUUCUUGCCGGAGCCGUGGCAGAUGGCCGGUCCGGAGGUAGCCACGGGCACUGCGUCGGCGGUGGUGGCCGGUCUGUUCUUGGUUGCUGCCGUUGCUGUUAUGUUGAGGCGGGGCGGGGGCGGCGCGGCGCCGAGCCCGCCGGCGCUCCCGGUGCUCGGCCACCUGCACCUGAUGAAGAAGCCGCUGCACCGCUCGCUGGCUGCGGUCGCGGCCGGGGCCGGCGCGCCGGUGGUGUCGCUGCGGCUGGGCGCGCGGCGGGCGCUGCUCGUGUCGACACACGCCGCGGCGGAGGAGUGCUUCACGGCGUGCGACGCCGCGCUGGCGGGGAGGCCGCCGAUGCUCGUCGGGGACAUCCUCGGGUUGGGCUACACCACCUUCGUGUGGGCCUCCCACGGCGACCACUGGCGCGCGCUCCGCCGCUUCCUCGGCGUCGAGCUCUUCGCGACGGCACGCCUCGCCGCGCUCGCCGCCGACCGCCACGCCGAGGUCGCGUGCCUCGUCGAGGGCAUCCUCCGCGACGGCGAAGGUACGGUGACGCUCCGACCCAGGCUCUUCGAGCUGGUGCUGAACGUGAUGCUGCUCGCGGUGACCGCGCGCCGCCACGCCGGCGACGUGCGCAGGUUCCAGGACAUCGUCGAGGAGACAUUCUCAGUGAGCGGCGCGCCGAGCGUCGGGGACUUCUUCCCGGCGCUGCGGUGGGUCGACCGUCUCCGCGGCGUCGAGGCCGCCCUACGAAAGCUGCAAGCGAGGCGCGACGCGUUCGUCUCCGGCCUCAUCAACGACCACCGUCAAAGGCACAGCGCCGUCGCCGGCGACGACCAAGACAACGACAAGAAGGGCAUCAUCGACGCCCUCCUCACGCUGCAAGAAACCGAUCCCGACCACUACACCGACAAUGUCGUCAAAGGCAUCGUCUUGGUUCUGCUCACCGCCGGGACCGACACGUCGGCGCUGACCACCGAGUGGGCGAUGGCGCAGCUGCUGACGCACCCGGAGGCGAUGAAGAAGGCGAGGGCCGAGAUCGACGCCAACGUCGGCACGGCGCGGCUGGUGGAGGAGGCCGACAUGGCGAGCCUCCCCUACCUGCAGUGCGUCAUCAAGGAGACCCUCCGGCUCCGCCCCGUCGGCCCGGUCAUCCCGGCGCACGAGGCCAUGGAGGACUGCACGGUGGCCGGCUUCCGCGUCCGCCGCGGCACGAUGAUCCUCGUCAACGCAUGGGCGAUCCACCGUGACAGCGACGUCUGGGACGCGCCGGAGGAGUUCCGGCCGGAGCGGUUCCUGGACGUCGGCGCGGCGACCGCGCCGCCCAUGCUGCCGUUCGGGCUCGGGCGACGGCGGUGUCCCGGCGAAGGGCUGGCCAUGCGCAUUGUCGGCCUGACGUUGGCGGCGCUCGUCCAGUGCUUCGAGUGGGAAGCCGGUGGCGUCGACAUGGCGGAAGGCGGCGGGCUGACGAUGCCGAUGGCGACGCCGGUGGCGGCCGUGUGCCGGCCGCGGGAGUUUGUCAAGAGUGUGGUAUCGGCCUCUUGUAUCUGAAUCCUGAAUAUAUGAUGAUUUUGCGUAAAUUGGUGCA